CCGCUCAUGAUCUGUCAAUUCGCGUCGCCGAAAAACCAAAAGGGAUAGGUUGCCGGCGAAAUAUUUCUAUUAUAUUAUUUUAUUAAUAUAUUUACAGUGCUAUUUAUGUGAAAUAAUAUAAAAGAGGGAAAUAUCACAAACCCAAAAUGACGGUGGAGGUGCAAGCUAAGACGAGGCUCCCGCAGCUAUCGUCUGACAAACAACUAACAUUUAUAAAAUUAGCUGUUUUAUCAAUGGCAGCAAUAUUAUCGUUUGGCACGCGUCUGUUUUCCGUGCUUCGCUUCGAGAGCGUGAUCCACGAGUUUGAUCCUUACUUCAACUACAGAACCACUAGAUACCUCACUGAGGAAGGGUUCUAUAACUUCCAUAACUGGUUUGACGAUAGAGCAUGGUAUCCUCUGGGACGUAUCAUUGGUGGUACCAUCUACCCAGGGUUGAUGGUGACGUCAGCCACCCUGUACAAUGUGAUGCAGUUCCUCAACAUCACUAUAGACAUCAGGAAUGUGUGCGUCUUCCUCGCUCCGUUCUUCUCCUCACUCACUACUAUUGUCACUUACCUGCUGACUAAGGAGUUGAAGGAUGAAGGUGCAGGUCUAGUAGCAGCGGCCAUGAUAGCCAUCGUGCCCGGCUACAUCAGUCGUUCAGUAGCUGGGAGCUACGACAACGAAGGCAUUGCCAUCUUCUGCAUGCUGCUCACUUACUACUUCUGGAUCAAAGCGGUUAACACCGGUACCAUCCUGUGGGCUACUAUGACUGCGCUCGCUUAUUUCUACAUGGUCUCAUCAUGGGGAGGCUACGUGUUCCUGAUAAACCUGAUCCCUCUGCACGUGCUAGCUCUCAUGUUGCUCGGCCGGUUCUCUGCUCGAGUGUACGUGGCAUACAGCACGUUGUACUGUGUGGGCACUAUACUGUCUAUGCAGAUCUCUUUUGUUGGGUUCCAGCCGGUACAGAGCUCGGAGCAUAUGCUGGCGUUAGGAACAUUCGGUCUCUGCCAGCUGUAUGCCUUCACUCAGUACUUGCGUGAACACCUGUCUCCUGCCAACUUCGAGCUCCUCUUCAAAGCACUCCUCACUACGUUGCUGGCUACCUUGGGAACAGCUCUCGUCGCCCUUACACUUACUGGUAAAAUCUCGCCAUGGACUGGUCGUUUCUACUCCCUGCUGGACCCCUCGUAUGCCAAGAACCACAUCCCCAUCAUUGCAUCGGUCUCCGAGCAUCAGCCCACAUCAUGGUCGUCGUUCUACUUCGACUUACAAGUGUUGGUGUUCCUGUUUCCUGCUGGCUUGUACUUCUGCUUCAGCAAGUUGACUGAUGCCAAUAUAUUUAUUAUCUUGUAUGGUGUGCUGAGUAUUUAUUUUGCGGGUGUGAUGGUCCGUUUAAUGCUGGUGUUGGCUCCGGUCAUGUGUAUCGUGUCUGGAGUAGCUGCCUCCAGUCUUCUGAGCUUGCAUGUCAAGGAUAUUGAGCCGAAGGUCGAGAAACACGAGAAGAAGAAGAAGCAUGAGAAUAAUUUGGUGUUUAGGUCUGAGGUCGGUUUCCUGUUCGUGACAGUCCUCGGCUGUUUACUCGUGUCGUACGUGUUCCACUGCACGUGGGUGACGUCGGAGGCGUACUCGUCGCCGUCGAUCGUGCUGUCGGCGCGGGCGCACGACGGCGCCAGGAUCAUCUUCGACGACUUCCGCGAGGCAUACACCUGGCUCAAGAUGAAUACUCCUGAGGACUCAAAAGUAAUGUCAUGGUGGGAUUACGGCUACCAGAUAACGGCCAUGGCGAACAGAACGGUCAUAGUGGACAAUAAUACGUGGAACAACACACACAUCUCCCGCGUGGGCCAGGCCAUGGCCUCGACCGAGGACAAGGCCUAUGAGAUCAUGCGGGAGCUGGAUGUGGACUAUGUGCUGGUUAUAUUCGGAGGCCUUGUUGGAUACUCUUCUGAUGACAUCAACAAGUUCCUGUGGAUGGUCCGCAUCGGCGGCAGCACGGAGCGCGGCCGGCACAUCCGCGAGGCGGACUACUACACCGGCGCCGGCGAGUUCCGCGUCGACGCCGACGGCUCCAGCACGCUGCUCAACUGCCUCAUGUACAAGAUGAGCUACUACAAGUUCGGACUUGUUUAUACUGAAGGAGGUCGACCACCCGGCUUCGACCGCGUCCGAGGCGCCGAAAUCGGCAACAAAGACUUCAAUUUAGACGUACUUGAGGAAGCCUACACCACAGAGCACUGGCUAGUUCGCAUCUACAAGGUGAAGCCGCUGCCCAACCGCGGCGUCUGAAGUCCGGAAGUCGCCGGCCACACCGGUAAAUAUCUAUCAAGUUUAUAUUGGUACAGAAAGCUGUAUUUCCAUAAAAUCGUGGACCAUUUGCAACAGUGACUCUUGUGGCAACGAAUGUACGUCUAAUAUCAAGUUUGAUCGCCAUUUAGUGAUAUUACAAGUCUUAAUUUCAAGGAAUGUGUUAAAGUAUUGUCGAUAAAUGACUGCAGUGUUCUUGUGAAUAUUAUGAACAUAAGUUCUUAGCAGUUAAUAAUAUGAGCACAUUAAAAUAUUCUACUUUAGAAUAGUGAAUAUUAUAUUACCAGUUUCAGCAUUUGUAACUAUAACAGGGAUGCUCAACCAUAGGUUUAAUUAGUAAGCUUCUUAGAUUAAGAGCCCCUGGACUUACUUAAUCUGAAUUAAAAAUAUAGUACCCACAUUCUUGUACAUAGAAAACUGUUCCCUUUUACGUGCAAGUAGAUGUAGCAAUAUAAACUUUAGUAAUAUUUACUGGUACAGCCUGCUAUGAAACACAAAUAAAUGUAAAAAUAAGAAAAAGUGAUAAAUUAAUUGGAAAAUAUUUAUAUCUAUAUGCUAAAAGACAUGUUGGCUCUUUUUACAUUGACUUAGAGCGCGUAACAACGAUAUGCUGAAGACACAAUUGUGGCAGUUAAAUCAUAACAUAACGUUACACCAGUUGGCUAAACUAACAUUUCACAAACAUUUAAUACUAGUUUCAUCCUUGCUGUAACUGCUCAUAUCACCCGGAUAAUGGAUUACAGUUAGACACAUCAGGCCACCACUGGCCGCGACCUGUGGGUGACAGUCUACAGUAGACAGUCAGGCCUCGCGACGGUGGCGUAGUGUUGCGAGCACCUCUCAUGGAGAGAGUGGAGUUGACUGCGGCCUUUCUAACAUCUGGCGGGCCAAGAGUGCAAUAUCUAUGAAAAGUGAUCAAUAAGGCCAACUUGUAUAUUCAUUUGUAUUCUCUAUAAUAUGCAUGGUCUAUGUUACAUUGUCCUGUUAAUAAAAGUCACAAGCUAAAUAUAAGCAUAUACCUACUCUCUGCAUACAAUUGUGUCUUCAGCGUGUUCUCGUUAGACUUAACAACGUUUUUAUAAUUUUAUAAUAAGCGUGAUGGGAAUGCAAGAGAAAAUGAAAGAAAUGUGUGUCAGCCACACUAUUACCUGUUACGAGUGCAAUCUUGUAUGGAUGUUAACGUUUUACUAAUAAGUGUUUCUUCUCACUGGACUAUUUACAAAGCUAUAAAAUGAUCCAUUAUUCUUAAGCGGAAAAGAUAUUGCAUCGACCCCAAAUAAAAUUGGGAAUAGGUCAGGAGGAAGAUUCUUAAUAUUAUAAUUUUCUUUAAAUAACUAUAUGAGUAAACAUGAUGGAUUUAUUUUGAAAAUUAUUUCUUAUCAAUAAAAUUGUAAUUACUAAAAUAUAUGCUUUUAUUUCGAUCAAGCCUCUCUUUCAACCUACUAUAAGUUAUAGUAAGCCAAGGAAGUGUCGUUCACCUCUUAUAUUUCCUACUUCAAAAGGCUGAACAUUAUGUAUAUAAAUAGCUCUCAAGUUACAUUUUUUUUUUUAAUAAUGUCACUAUUUUGUUUGAAGACUCGAUUACGAAAGUUCGAAAUAAUUCUGACAAAUAGCACUUUUUAUUUUGUAGAAUAUAGGCAAUAUUACGCACUUUCGUAAUAGUUUUAGCAGACUUAUAGCUUGUAAAAUACCAGUUUAUUACUUGUCUAGCUUAAGUUACGUUUUUCGUAUGAACUACCGAUUAUUGUGUAAACAGACUGCAGACUGAAUUCUGUUUAUUGCAUAGUUUCCAAAUGUAUCUAAAGGUAAUUAUUAUAGAGUAGAUGUAUGUUAAAUAGUGGUUAAUUCACUUUAUAUGUCUACCUCUAUUUUAUGUCUAGAUUACGGACAACGCACAAAUAGUCAUCUGUCACAAUAUUGUAGUUUAAAAUUCACUUGCCUGAUCUAUAUUUGACUUGGAUACUAAAUUGAAUUAUGUAAAGGAAAUGUUGUAUAAAUUCUUUUUUAUUUUUAUUUGAAAUAAAGUUUAUUGAUAA